AUGAAUAAUGAAAAUUAUCGCAGCAAUCUUCUUUCCGUGGACAACCUACAGAGACCUCGAGCAAACUCGGAUCCUGGUAUUUUUACGUUACCAGAAAUAAUAGUCCAAGACUGUUCAUCUGGAGAUGCCGUGACCAAGAAACUGUCCGAAAUAGAGGAUGAUGAUUACUUUUCUUUUAAUGCGUGUAUGAGACCAAGAUCUAAUACAUGUCCAGAAGAUCUAUUCCACCAACGCCCAGAGAGGCCCGGAACACCUCCUCCAAUACUGGAAAAGAGACAUCAGCGGCACGGUCGUUUCAAUUUCGUGUCGCCUUCUAAGACCUGUGUGUCAUUUGCCCAUCAUAACCUUUCUAACAUAUCUGAAGAUGAGGGUCCAGAAACUGUUAUCAAAUAUUCCGCUAAACGUCAGCUCAAGUCUGGAGUUACAGAGCAGAUGGAAAACAAAUUCAACAAAGAGUUUGAAAUAAAGCUAAAUUUAAAAGGAACUAGACAAGAAUUAAAUUUCGAGAAUUCGUGA